UCUUUUCAUUUCUCUAUGGCUGUGGGAAGGUGGUCCUCCUAGGAGAAAAACACCGUCCGGAAAAGCAAAAAAGUUGCAUGUUUUCGUAAAGUUUCUUCAGCUUCAAAACACAUUAUGAAACUUCGGAAAUGAAACAAAAUUUCGCUAACACAUGAAGUGGAGGAUUGUAAUUGUUUGUCCUCGGGAGUAAAGUUGGGAAACUACGAGUUGAAAAUGGAGAGCCCAGCUGAGUGAGAGUGGGGUGAGGAGGCUGGAUUUGGCAAAGUUGGGAGUCCUGCCCUGAUGCUAACAGGCUAGUUAGCAUGCUAAGACACUUUGUUAUCUCGGAUAAGUAAUGAGAGCUCCCCUCCACUGUUCUCCAGCCUGUGAUUCUGCAGGGGAGCUGCUUUAUCUGUGGCUGCUGACAUUGCAGCUUCCAUCAAUGGAUCGGAGCGUAGAUUAUCUUAUUUUCUGUGGAAGUUCUGCUUGAAUCUUUCUGCGUUUCACCUCAAGGCAUAAACCUGUGUCGGGAACUUCUCUCCCUCCCCUGAUCAAUUAUUUUUGUCCCGCGAGCUUCCAUCCUAGCUGUGCUCAUGCAGUUUUCAAUCAAACAUUCGACAUAUUUCUUCCUCUGAGAUGGGGCCCUGGUUGGUUCUUCGAGGGGCUUGAGGUACCCCCCAGCCUGCCGAUUGCGCAGUGUGUGUGAGACCCGAGGCACAGGGCCAUAAAAGAACACUGUUACAAAAGACAACCAGUGAUACAGUACUUGCUGAUGGAGCCCAGACACACACCGUGCUUGCCCAGAAUAUAUUCAUGAAUUUGGGGAUUUUUUUUUAACCAGACUUAAGUGGAUGUAUCGGGUGUAUUCGUGACUGCUGAUGCCAGCUCGGGACUUGAGUGGGUGUAAUCAGCUUUAUUCAUGAACCCUCUGUCUGAGUGAGGCCACAGCCUGGAUGUUGGAUGCCCUGAGUGUUGAAUCAGCUGUUGCGGUGAUGAAGCAGGGCUCCUGGGGGCCUGUGUGGCUGGCUGGGCAGCGGCCCAAGGUGAUGUGAUGGGGUGCAGGAACAGUAAGGUCCUCCCUGAGCCUCCAGGGGAUGUUCAGUUGGACCUCGUCAAAAAGGUUGAUCCUCCCCAACCUCUUCAGACAGAUAUCUAUAAGCACUUCAUAAGAGGGGAUGGCACUAGGAGCAAGAUGGGCGGGGCCGGUGGAGGGGGCGGGGACAAGGCUGACCCCACCUCCCCAUAUCAGGCCCAGGCCCAAGCUGCAACUCCCACGGCUUCCGCCCAACCCCCUAAGGACCCGUCCGAUCUGUCGGACCCUCAGCGGAAGAAGGUGGCAAAAUACAGAGCCAAAUUCGACCCCAGGGUCACGGCCAAGUACGACAUCAAAGCUCUGAUAGGCCGCGGGAGUUUUAGCCGGGUCGUUCGCGUGGAGCACAAAAGCACGCGGCAGCCAUACGCCAUCAAGAUGAUUGAGACCCGCUACCGAGAGGGGAGGGAGGUGUGCGAGUCAGAGCUGUGUGUCCUGCGCCGCGUCCGUCAUACUAAUAUCAUCCAGCUGAUGGAGGUGUUUGAGACGGCAGAACGUGUGUACAUGGUCAUGGAGUUGGCCACCGGUGGGGAGCUAUUCGACCGCAUCAUCGCACGCGGCUCCUUCACAGAACGUGACGCCACGCGGGUGCUGCAGAUGGUUCUGGAAGGUGUCAAGUACCUCCACACUUUGGGGAUCACCCAUCGAGACCUGAAGCCGGAGAACCUGCUCUACUACCACCCUGGAGCCGAUUCCAAGAUCAUCAUCACCGACUUCGGUCUGGCCAGCAGCAGGAAGAAGGGGGACGAGUGUCUGAUGAAGACCACCUGCGGCACGCCAGAGUACAUCGCCCCUGAGAUCCUGGUAAGGAAGCCCUAUACGAACGCCGUAGACAUGUGGGCGCUGGGGGUGAUCUCGUACAUCCUGCUGAGCGGAACCAUGCCCUUCGAGGACGACAACCGCAUGAGGCUGUACCGGCAGAUCCUCAAGGGGAAGUACAGCUUCUCUGGAGAGGUGACGAGCCCCUUACACUCUUUCUCUAUCUUUUCUCAGACACCACUGCAGACUUCACACACAUUUGGAAUACAUUCCCCACACCGCAUGAGGCUUUGUCAACAGUUUUUCUGGGAAGUUUUGUGAGGUGAAAUGGUUCAAACACACACUUUCCCACACGCAACUUCGCUCCUCACUAAUCAUCUCACACUGAUUUCUAUCUGGUGUACCUUUUACCUUGCCAUACACAUUUGUAUCCUCCUCUCCUAGUCAAUAUUCCCUCACUCUAAUUACGUGUAUGUGUGCACAAUAAUUUAUGCUCUGUGUAUCUAGUCGGGAGAAUGCUGAGUAGUCCAUUCCUUUGCUUCGUAGCGUGGGAUGUUUAUGUUGCCAGUGAGCUUUACAAACGGGGCCCUUGGUUAAUGGUUGCCCCACAUACAGACACUCCAGCGCAAAUAAAAACUGAUCAGUUUUGUAAUAUUUAACGAGGAGCAGUUGAAUAAUUUAUUCUCUUGGAAUGAGUCCAGAUUUGAACUUCUUUUGUAUCUGACAGCUAAGAUAAAGUCCGAUCUGACAAAUGUAAUAAUUGACAUCACUCCAGGGAGCCUAUUUUUGCUGAUGUUG